UUUAUUUGAAAAAAUUUGUUCCCAAGUUCGGAUUCGAAAUUCGGAAAUCUGCGGCUGUUCGGAGGGAAUGUUUCAUGUUUCUCGAUGAAGUGGCCUUUGAAAAUGUUUUGGCGCAGGAUUUUAAAGUGACGUGUAAAAUGUUGUGAAAAACAGUGAGGAAAAACGCGAAAAUACGAGAAAAUUGGGACACUUUUCCACAACGGUACUAUGGAUUUCUUCCAGAGGGGACUCAAGAGUGUCUUGGGCACACCAGAGAUUGGACAGCAGGACAGUGGAGCUGAAACUGUGGAGAGACUCGUGGAUCGAGUGUCUUCAUCAACUCUCCUGGAGGACCGUCGAGAUGCCUGUCGACACUUGAAGGCCCUCUCACGGAAGUACCGGAUAGAAGUUGGGGCUCAGGGAAUGCCGGCACUUGUUCAGAUUCUCGAAAGUGACCGAGCCGACUGUGAGAUCAUUGGAUAUGCCCUCGACACACUGUGCAACAUUAUAGCUCCAGGGCAGUUUGAUGAGGAAAUGGAUAAUCCCGCAGUGUCGGUGAAUGUGGGUGAGCAAUUCACGGAGAUGUUCAUAAAGAACCCAGAAAAUGUGGGACUUGUGCUCUCCUACCUGGAGGAAUAUGAUUUCCGUGUACGAUGGCCUUCGAUAAAAUUUCUCACAAAUCUAAUUGGGUACCGACCUAAGGAUUUGCAGGAGAUUGUGCUCGUAAGUCCAAUGGGAGUGUCUAAAUUGAUGGACUUGCUAAGCGACAGCCGGGAAGUUGUACGAAAUGAUGCCUUGUUGCUGUUGAUUCAGCUCACAAAGGGGAAUGCCAAUAUUCAAAAAAUUGUUGCAUUUGAGAAUGCUUUUGAUCGGCUAUUUGAUGUAAUUCGAGAGGAGGGAUGUUCAGAUGGUGGUAUUGUCGUUGAGGACUGCCUCAUCUUGAUGCUAAAUCUCUUGAAGAACAAUUCCAGCAAUCAGCAGUUCUUCAAGGAAGGCAGCUACAUUCAACGCCUGGCACCAAUGUUCACAAUGCCUCCGGAACUCGAGGAGACCGGCUGGACACCGCAGAAAGUCUCGAACAUCCAUUGUAUGCUGCAAGUAGUACGAUCUCUCGUCUCUCCGGGGAAUUCCCAUCAAGUGAUUGCUUCGUGUCAGAAGACAAUGAGAAAUUGUGGCCUUCUGGAGGCACUCUGUGGGGUCCUCAUGGGUAGUGGAGUCCCAGCGGAUAUCCUAACUGAAACAAUCAACACUGUUGGGGAAGUUGUACGUGGUGAUAUGAACAACCAGGAAUUUCUUAGCAUGGUUAUGGCACCCAGCAAUCCCCCACGACCGGCAAUUGUUGUCCUCCUCAUGUCUAUGGUGAAUGAGAAGCAGCCUCUACCGCUAAGAUGUGCAGUUCUCUACUGCUUUGAAUGCUAUCUAUAUCGCAAUGAGAUUGGUCAGACGAGUCUCGUACAGACCCUUCUGCCAUCAUCCACAGAAGUGAGCAGCUUAACGCAGGGGCAACUUCUCUGUGAUGGACUGUUCAGUACGGACGCCCUUGCCAAUUGGUUUAGCGCUGUGGCUCUCAUGCAUGGCCUCAUUGAGAAUCCAGCUCAAAAGGAACAGCUUCUUCGGGUACUUUUAGCCACAGCUGUGGGUAGUCCACCGGUCUCCCUUCUUCAGCAGUGCACAACCCUCUUACUGCAGGGAAAUUAUCGUGUGCAAAGCAAAAUUGGUCUGCUAAUGCUAAUCUGCACAUGGCUCUGCCACUGCCAGCUAGCUGUCAAGGGAUUCCUCUCUGCUCCGAAUAGUGUGGCCUUCCUCAUUGCUCAAAUCAGUGCCAAUGAACAUGAUGAAAAUGAGUACCUCAUCCAGGGACUCUGUGCCUUCCUCAUGGGCAUUUGCAUUCAAUUCAAUGACAACACCGUCUCCAACUACCGCCGCGAAGAUCUCUGCCAAUUGGUCGUAAAACGCAUCAGUUGCGAGACCUUCGUCACCAAAUUAGGGGAAGUUUCCAAGCACGAAAGCUACAGCAAGGCAGCAAAGCAGCCACAGAUUCGUUUCCGUGCACCCACAGACGUCCUCCUUGAUCAUGAAUUCUGCAAACUCUUCAAAGCUCUCGAAGCAGUCAUCGUGAAGACUAUUACAUCAAUUGGCAAUGAAGGAAGUAACAUCACAGAGCUCACCCUAAGCCAGGAAGCAUCGGGUAUUGUGAGUCAGUACAAGGAUAUCAUCCGGGAGCAAGAUACAAAAAUAGCCGAACUCCAUGCCAUGGUAAAAAGGAAUGUGAAUGAAAUGGAAGACAUUAGACGACAAUUGGGUGAAGCACAAGCAUCCAAUUCCCAAUUAUCUGAUGCAAAUAUCCUGCUGAAGGCUCAACUGGCUGCUGCUACGGAAACUAGUCAAGUCAAUCACAUUGGGAAUCACGUGGCUGCACUCAAUAUCACCGGGAAUGGAAUACCGAAUCACCAUGGACACGAUGGACAACAAAUUCAGGCGUACCAAAUGGAAAAUGCCCGACUGCAGCAGGAAGUGGAGCGACUAUCAAUGGCUCUCAGGGAAUUUCAGGUUAAAUUUACUGAGAAGUCUCUUGAAAUGGAAAAGCUGAGGAAGGACGAAGAGGACCUACUUGAAUUACUGACUGAUCAGGACACCAAAAUCAAGCAGUAUCGGCAACAGCUCCGAGAUUUGGGUGCACAAUUGGAGGACCCAUCUGAUGAGGAUGAUUCCGAUGAAAAUCCAAAUGGAGCAGCAGACAAUGGGCUCAAGUAGAGCGCCUUUAUUUCUUUUGCCAAGAGACUCUGUUUUAUUGUUUUGCAAUUUAUCAAAUUAUCUCUCAUUCCUAUCAAAGGUAUUGAUAUUUUCUUA